AUGGAGAGGACUGUGCAUGCACCAGUUAUUCGGGCUAACCCGUUUAUGUCACUGAAGCCUCCACCUUGCGAACUGCCACAAGAAACUGAGCCGAAGCAGUGGGAGCCGGAAUCGAAUCGUGUUGGACUUCUGGCUCGAAAAAUCGGAGUGUUCCCGCAGUGGAGUGUGGACGGAACCCGGUUUUUGUGCACAUUACUUGAAUUUCCCAAGAAUCUUGUUAUAUCUGCGCUUGAUCCAGAAACUUAUUAUCGAAUGAGCAUGGUUGGCAAGAACAAAGCCUAUGGUCGCUAUGGCCCACGAUGGCGGAUCACAGUUGGGGCUGUGGAUGCCGAUCCAACAAAAUGUACAGCACGCUACCGAGCGACAUUUGAAAGACAUGGAUUACCUGUGAAGAAACAUCUUGCAUCGUUUCUGGUCACUGAAGAUGCAGUGGUUAAGCCGGGAACGGAACUGCAUGUAUGUCAUUUCAAAGUGGGACAAUUCAUAACUGCCACUGGUCAUACAAUUGAUUGGGGUUUCCAGGGUGGCAUGCAUCGAUGGGGUUUCAAGGGUAUGCCGGCUCGAGGCACUACAAAAUCGCAUCGCCGUAUUGGUGCAAUUGGCUCAAAGGGAGAUGCACGGGUAAGACCGGGCAAAAGGAUGCCAGGACAUAUGGGUUAUGAGUGGCGAUCCAUUCCGGGCCUAGAAGUGUUACGCAUUAAUCCAGAAAAACAGGUGAUGUAUAUCCAUGGAUCUGUACCAGGCGAAAUAGGAGAAAUAUUACUUAUUAAAGAUUGUUAUCAUGGAAAGAAAAAAAUUCAGGAUCCUCAUUUUCCAACAUUUUUUUACGAGAAGGAUUUUGAAGAGGAAAAGAAAUGUAACGAAAAUCCCGACUCACCAUUUGUGUAUGAAGAUGGUGAAUUCUUUGCCCGGCAUUUGUUCAGGUAG